AUGGGCCUGUUGCGCGAGGGGUUUCAUGAGCGUCAGGGCAUCGAUAGGUUCUCAGACGGCUGCCGUUGUCGCAUCGAUCGAAAGCCGAAAGACGGAUCGAUGGAUAUCGAUUUCUACCUUAUUAUUUUAUGGACGACGCUUCAUUUUCGUCGCAUGCAGCAUUCUGCAACAGCCUCAAAGUACAUUUAUAUUCGCAUAUGUCCGACCGUGGGAAAAAGUGCACUCGUCGGCGGCUUUUUGGGCGAAGAGGCGUCGAGGUUGAAUGCGCGAGGCACCGCCUCGAAGCUGAUUUGCUAA